AUGGCGAGCAGCACCAUGGCCCUCUCCUCCACGGCCUUCGCCGGCAAGGCCGUGAACGUGCCGUCGUCUCUGUUCGGCGAGGCCCGCGUGACGAUGCGCAAGACGGCGGCGAAGGCCAAGCCGGCGGCGGCGUCCGGCAGCCCGUGGUACGGCCCUGACCGCGUGCUGUACCUGGGCCCGCUCUCCGGCGAGCCCCCGAGCUACCUGACAGGCGAGUUCCCCGGCGACUACGGCUGGGACACGGCCGGACUGUCCGCCGACCCCGAGACGUUCGCCAAGAACCGGGAGCUGGAGGUCAUCCACUCCCGCUGGGCCAUGCUGGGCGCGCUCGGCUGCGUGUUCCCCGAGCUGCUCGCACGCAACGGCGUCAAGUUCGGCGAGGCCGUGUGGUUCAAGGCCGGGUCACAGAUCUUCAGCGAGGGCGGGCUGGACUACCUGGGCAACCCGAGCCUGAUCCACGCGCAGAGCAUCCUCGCCAUCUGGGCCGUCCAGGUCGUGCUCAUGGGCGCCGUCGAGGGCUACCGCAUUGCCGGCGGGCCGCUCGGCGAGGUCGUCGACCCGCUCUACCCCGGCGGCAGCUUCGACCCGCUCGGCCUCGCCGACGACCCCGAGGCCUUCGCCGAGCUCAAGGUGAAGGAGCUCAAGAACGGCCGCCUCGCCAUGUUCUCCAUGUUCGGAUUCUUCGUCCAGGCCAUCGUCACCGGCAAGGGCCCGCUCGAGAACCUCGCUGACCACCUCGCCGACCCCGUCAACAACAACGCCUGGGCCUACGCCACCAACUUCGUGCCCGGCAAGUGA